AUGGGCUCCGACCAUAGGAAAACAGAAGGUUUUGCUCUGACAAGCCCACCGUCUCCGGCAGCGCAGAAGGCGGAGAUGCGCGGGGAGAUUCCCAGCUCGCCCACCUCGUCCAACAAGCAUUUGUUGGAUCAAACUCUUCUACCACCUCCUCCUCUGGAGCCUUACGAUGUGUUCAGUGAGUUUGUCGGUAGACUCUGCCAAAAGCUAUGGCCUCCAAAGAAAUCCAUCAAGCUUCGUAUCCUGAAGAGUAAAGCUGCCGCCCGAUUGCGCACGAAUAGUUUCUGCGGCUCUCUUGUCCCCUCGCUACAAACCCCACUGAUAGAGCGGCUCCCGGGGGGCGAUUACAACCGCAUCACGGGUAGAAUAUUACCCUCAUCAUACAGCGUGGACAGUCGCAGGCUGAUCCUUCGAGUACCACGAGAGAAGACAGCCAGACCUGACCGGGAAGUGGCCACUUUGAACUAUGUGCGCGAGAGGACGUCAAUACCUGCGGCCCAGGUUGCGGCGAAGGACUUCAGCAGUGACAACUCACUGAAGAAACCAUACUACUACAGCACCGCAUUGCCGGGACUGAUAUCAAUUUGCUAUAGCCAGCGACAUAGUGUCGCUCGCAAGUUGGGCGGUGUAAUCAGACAGCUUUUGUCGUUAGAGAGUUCAGUCGCCGGCGUCCUUGAAGCACAAAAUGAUGGUACAGAAAAGCUGCUGAUCGUUCCAUUCGAGCUACGGGAGAGGGAUGGUUAUGGUGAGCUUCUUGAAGGCCCGGACGCCAAGAAACUUGUUCGCAUUCAAGCUCUGCCGUAG